CCCUAUUGGCCCGUUCCGGCUGACAGUCACACGUAAACAUAUCCCAGGAAGACCGCCGGCCUGACACGCUGUGGGCAGCGAGGACCUUCUCAUUUGGAGCUGGACGGAGGUGGAGUGGACCCGCCUGGCCUGUAGCUGAGAACAGAAGCACUGCGUUAGAGCCCGGUCCUCAGGGACUGAACCGGGACGAGAGGUUGAUGAGGUCCUGGUAGACAUGGGACGUCUGCGGACCGGAGAGAUAUCGUCUACGCUUUUCUGAGACAACAAACUAUUUCUGGAGCGAGAUCUGGUUCUGGGAGAUGAUCGCAGCUGGCAGGAUCGGCCCGGGGAACUCUGCGUAGAUCUGAAGGUGGCCUGUUGCCAAGGGGACCGUCGCCAUGGCCGACUGGAACCUGCUGGGGAAGCUGCUGGAGAGCGCCCAGACGCACUCCACCGUGGUGGGCAAGGUGUGGCUCACCGUGCUCUUCAUCUUCCGCAUCCUGGUUUUGGGCGCGGCCGCCGAGAAGGUUUGGGGCGACGAGUCGUCGGGCUUCACCUGCGACACCAAGCAGCCCGGCUGUGAGAACGUCUGCUACGACCGCACCUUCCCCAUCUCCCACAUCCGCUUCUGGGUGCUGCAGAUCAUCUUCGUGUCCACGCCCACGCUCAUCUACCUGGGCCACAUCCUGCACCUGGUGCGCAUGGAGGAGAAGCAGACGCAGAAGGAGAAGGACCGCGAGGAGGAGCACGCGCUGCACAGCGAGAAGCAGGAGCUGCUGGCGGCCGAAGGAGGAGGAGGAGGAGGAGGAGGAGGAGGCGGCAAGGCCAAGAAGGCGCCGGUGAAGGACGGCCAGGGCCGGGUACGUCUGCACGGGGUGCUGCUGCGAACGUACGUCUUCAACAUCAUCUUCAAGACGCUGUUCGAGGUGGGCUUCAUCGUGGCGCAGUACAUGCUGUACGGCUUCCAGCUGAAGGCCAUGUACACCUGCGACCGCUGGCCCUGCCCCAACACGGUCAACUGCUACAUCUCGCGGCCCACCGAGAAGACCAUCUUCAUCCUGUUCAUGCUGGUGGUGGCCUUCCUGUCGCUGCUGCUCAACCUGGUGGAGAUCUACCACCUGGGCUUCACCAAGUGCCACCAGGGCCUGCGCUUCCGCCGCUCGCGCCAGAGGAAGGCCGAGCUGACCCGGAUGCCCAGCGAGGCGCCCGCCGUGAUGCACUUUGUCCCCAACUACAACUACUACACCGCUCGCGGGCGGGGCGUCGGCGGCGGCGGGGAGGCCUUCCACGGCGACUCCAGCUACGGCCUGGCCGAGCCCGGCGCCGCCGCCUACAGCAACCCCUACAACAGCAAGGCCGUGUCCAAGCAGAACCGCGACAACCUGGCGGUGGAGCGGCGGGCGGAGAGCGACGACGCCGAGAACAAGAGCGGCGGCGGCGGCGGCGGCGGCGGCGGCGGCGGCGGCGGCGGGCCCUUCGAGAGACCGGCGGAGAACAAGCGACGCAACAGCCAGACGAGCAAACACAGCAACACCAAGACGCGCGGCGACGAUCUGAAGAUCUAGAGGAGGGUGGCGUCAGGGUGGAGGAGCGGCAGAUCGAGAGGACAGUGUCCAGGUGGAGGUGGAGGAGAAGGAGAUCUGGAGGAGGACGGUGUCAGGGUGGAGGUGGAGGAGAUCUAGAGGAGGACGGUGUCAGGGUGGAGGUGGAGGAGAAGGAGAUCUAGAGGAGGACGGUGUCAGGGUGGAGGUGGAGGAGAUCUAGAGGAGGACGGUGUCAGGGUGGAGGUGGAGGAGAAGGAGAUCUGGAGGAGGACGGUGUCAGGGUGGAGGUGGAGGAGAUCUAGAGGAGGACGGUGUCAGGGUGGAGGUGGAGGAGAAGGAGAUCUGGAGGAGGACGGUGUCAGGGUGGAGGUGGAGGAGCUGGAGCUGUAGCAAAGAACGGCAUCAAGAUGUGGGUGGAGUUCCUUAAGGUGGAGCGGAGAAUGGCAUCAAGACUUGGGUGGAGCCUGUUACUGCCAGUAAAGUGGUGAAGGGGCGCGGGUGAUCGGUGGAGACGCUGUGUGUUUAAAAGCCAUUAAGUACUUGAAUAAAACUGAAACUGUGAAAAGUAGGAGUUACCAUUGUUCAUGUUUUGGAGCGUGCAGUCAGAACCCACUGAGCCAGCAUGCAGUUCAGCACUGGAAUAGAAACAUGACUUUGCUUCCGUCUGAAUGGUUUCCCGUUACGAUAACAGAUGAGGAGCCUUUUAAUGUCCUUAAUGUGGUUGACAAAAUGUGGCUCGCCCUUGUGAAAACUGUUUACGCUAAAGUAAAUUAUUUCCCCCUUAA